UUUAAUUAUAAUUUCCGGAACGUUGACGGUACGAGACAACAAAGCCAAGAAAGGAUCAGAAAGAUUGUAAUUUGUCAGACAGUUUAAUGUGUUUAUAAGUUGAUUGUGAUCUCCAAUGGAUGACAUUACCGCGGUUACCAUCAGUAAUGAAAGGUGGACGUUAUCUGGAGGAAAAACAUGUCAGAAAAGUCUAUGAUACAAUUGCACCAAGUUUUAAUGAAAUACCACAGAAAGUUUGGCCAAACGUCAAAAAAUUUAUCAAAAAUUUACAUCCAGGAUCACUGGUUGCUGAUAUAGGUUGCGGUAAUGGCAGAUAUCUUCACAUUAAUAAAUCAGUUUAUAAGUUUGGAGUCGACGCAUGUUAUCCUUUAGUUGAGCUGUCUGGAGAGAAGGGAUAUGAAGUAUUAGUUGCUGACAACCAGUCUUUACCUUUUAGAGAUUGUGCCUUUGAUGCUGUUAUUUCUGUUGGGGUGCUGCAUCAUUUCUCUACUGAGCCAAGGAGAGUAAAGGCAUUGAAUGAACUGUGUAGAAUAUUAAGACCUGGUGGAAAACUCCUGGUAUAUGUCUGGGCCUAUGAACAGAAACAUAGAAGGUUUGAUGGCCAGGAUGUGUUGAUACCAUGGCAUGCUGGGAAAAAAAUCACACAAAAAGGAUUGUUUAAUUCAGACCAGGACAUAUCAAGUACCAGUUCAAUCAGUGAAGAUGAGUCCAUUGAUUCCACCAGACAUGUUAUCCAGAGAACUGUUUCUGAUCCUUCCUGUCCUUGCUGUCAACCUUCUCAAACGACCUUGAUUAACAAACUUCUGUCCUCUAAACCUCUGUCGUCAAGGCAACGAUCCAAUACUCUACCAUCAUCACUGGAGGCUUUGACGGGUAACCAUGACGAUGAAAGUGAGAUACAAGAAGAGUGUAGAAAACUUCAGAUGUCUCUUAGAGAAAUGUCUGCUAGUCAUAAUCACUUGAGUGCUUCAAACGAUUCAGUAUUCUGUAAUGGUGCAACGAAUGAGAAUGAUGAAGAUGGGAUUGUAUUUGAAUCAAAACAUUUUGCAAACAAAAAUGAUUUGUCUAGAGAGAAUGAAAUUUCUGCCUGUGAAAAAACGGACAUAUCCAAUCAAAUUUUAAAUGAACCUUGUCAGAUACCAAGUCAUAAUUUACCGUCUACUCACAAUUAUUGUGAUGUGAAUUCUAAUGUAGAUUCUCCACAUGAUCAACUAGAGCAGACAGGAAUAGUGAAUGAUAAUAAUGAAGAGAAGCCAACUAAAAAAAUGUCUUUCUUUGAUACAAUGAAAAAACGUUUCCUUAAAUUUAUAGAUUCAAAAUUCGAAAAUAAAAGUCCUUCAGAUCAUGAGCUGUCUGCAGGUAAGAGGAAAUCAUCAUCAGAAAACAAAUCACCGUCCGGGAAUGACAGAAAUAUACAGGAUGUGAAUUCACAGAGUACAUUUGCUUGCUUUGCUGUUAGAGAGUUUCCCAUGAGCAGCUGUCAUAACUACAGAAAUUCAGGAUGUUCAACUCAGGAUGAAAAUAGCAUUCAAAGUUUUCUGGAUCCUGGCUAUCAUACAACACAACCUGAAGAACAGGCUGCCAGUAAAUCAGCCAUCUUGUCAACAGGAGUUAAUGAUUUAAGACAACAUGUCAACACAAGUGAAUUACAACAAUCUGUUAAUACAAGUCUAUAUGAUCAAUCUGUUAAAGACCCUCAAAAUAGUUCAGGUCUUUCUACUAUAUCGAUCUCAAACUCUCAAAAAUAUAAUCAUUAUGAUCUGGAUAAAUCUCAUGGAAAUGUUGAUAAAAAUGGAAGAAAUAAGUGCAAUAAAACUUUUAUGAAUGGUCAUCAGGAAAAAAAUAGUCAGGGUGUUACCAAGGUGAUGAAUGGUGCAAGUAAAAAACAGUGCAAUAAGAUUGUAAAUGGUCACAAACAACAACAAGGACAUGAAGGAGGAAUGUGCAAUAUUAUUGAUUCAGACUGUGAUCAAAAUUCUCAGUUAAAUUCUCUCAACGCCAAAACUUCAGGAAAGUGGUCACAUGACAGAGAUAUCCCAUGUGACCAUGAUCUGUCUCACCGACAAAAUGGAUCAACAGUCUCAGGGAUUCAUAAUGGCCUAAAAAACAAUUCAAAGAAUGGAUGUGAUAAAUCCAGCCAUAUAAAGUAUUAUGAAACAACAAAAACAACAGAAACAAACAGUAUUUCAGGGGAGACAACUACUCAACAUAAUGUUUCAAGGGAGACAACACACAGUCAAAACACUACAUCUAAUUGCUAUUACAGAAGGGAAAGUAGUGGAAACGAAUAUGCAAGUCAAUCUGAGUGUAAAAAUGGGAAGAGCAGUGACAAAAACAAUUCUCCAUUGAAAAAUAAAAGUGAUGAAAUAUUUCAAAAGAAUGGAACAACUCACAACGAUAAUAGCCGAGUAAAUAGAAAUCAAAAUCAUAUCAGAAGCUCAGAAAACAUAUCUUCUAGUCGUCUAUCUAAUCAACAGUCCUUUAAAUCAUGUGACACCUUACACAAUGGUGCUAAUUAUGUGCCUUCUCCAUCCUCUACAAUGACAGAAGAGGAGUUCCAAAUGUCGACCGCUAGACUCUGUAGGUUUUAUCAUGUUUUCAAACAAGGAGAGUUGUCUAACCUGAUAUUUAAAUAUGUAGAUAAUUUGUGUAUAGUUAGUUGCACAUAUGAUCAUGGUAAUUGGUGCUUAAUUGCUGAGAAAAUAGAUAGUGAUGUAAAUAAUGUUUGAUAGCAUGAAACGAUUGUAGCAGAUAAAUGUUUCCAUGGUAACUGGUGCUUGGUAGGAUAGUAAAAUGAAGAUAAACAGAAUGCUUUCUUACACAUUUGUUGAACUUUUUUCUUAAAUAUUCUACAAAUUGUGUAACUAAAAACAUUUUUCAAGAAAUACUUGGAAUUUCCUUUUAAUACCAUGUUUACUUAGUUAAAAGUGAUAUUGUGAUCAUGGUGAAAUGACAAAACACUUUUAAAGUAAAUACCUUUAUCAUGAGAUUUACUUUUGUAAUGAAAAUUAGGCUUGCGCCAGUUAUAACAUAAAACUCAGGAAAUUCAAAUGAGUGAAUGUUUUAUAUAUUUUUAAUUAGAUUGUAUUAAUGAAAUAAUGAAAUGGUUGAUUUUAUUUUUUAACAAGUACUUGAUUUUUAAUUCUUUCAUUGUGAGACAGAUGCAUGCUAUAUUUCAUUUCACAAAAGAACUACGUCACAUCUUGGUGAACAUAGCAAUGAUUAAUAAGUUUUAGGUGAAAGGUCAAACAGAAAUAUUCUCUAGUUAUGAUCAACAUUGUGUACUUACAUUGUACAUCUAAUCAAAAUAAAGUGCAUUAGUACUUAUCUCACUAUUUAUAUACAUUCAUUGUUUUUUGUAAGCUUUUAUUAUUUAAAAACUUUUUCCAACAACAUUCCUGCAUUGUGCCUAUUUGAUAUUUACAAAUGAUUUAUAUAACUUUUGCUCACUACUUGGUUAAUGGUAUGACCAUUUCUACUUAUACACAGUCCUACGCUUUCUUUCAGCAUACUGCUAUCAAACUUAUUCCAAUGUGUUCUAUCAUCAUAAUCAUGAUAAGUCGAUUUUAGAAUUGAGUAACAUGAUAAUCAUUGCUGUAACCUUUUUGAAAGCUCAAUAGGUCAUAGAUGUUAUAUUUUAUUGGGACAUGAAAGUUCAUUAUAGUUACAUCAUGUGACUGUUGUUUACCAAUCGAAACAAUGGAAUCUCAUAAAACAUAUCGUGUAAUGUUAUUAUUUAUCUUUAAUUCAGAUGAUCCAUAAAGAUUCAUGCAAACAUUAGAUUGCUUAAACUUUCAGCCCCAACUAGUCAUUUUGAAGUACAUGUAUGUAUAAACACCUCAUUACCCUCCCCCUUUUUUCUCAAAGUAGAUUUAGAAAAUGCUCCAUCAUGUUGUUCUGUUUUUGUUUUGACAGUUUAAGGGGUAUAUGCCUUCCUGGUAUCCACCUCUGUUUAUAAUAAACUUGUAAACUUUAUCUAUUUAUUUGAAACUUUCUCUUAGAUUUAUUUAUUUAACGGGCAUUUUAUCUAUAAUUGUCGAUAUAUGCUAUACAUUAUAGUCAAAUGUAUUUAUGGUUGUAUCAUGUAUAUAUUGUUUUGCCAUUUAUUUUCUUCUUAUUUUUAGAAGUAAUCAGCUUUGUAUAAGAUGUAUAAUUUAUUUUUUAGAAGAAAUCAUUUCAUAAAUGACGAUAUAUAUAAUUUUUUUUUAGAAAUGAUAGGCUUUGUUUCAGUUGUGAUAUAAUUUAUUUAAAGCAAAUAUAAAUUUAUUUAUUUUUUAUUGAAUUAUUUAUUUAUUGAUUUACACUUGAACUGUAAUAUUGCCUUAGAAAAUAAUCAAACACAUUCUUGCCUUGAUUUGACAAAUAGUUAAGCCUCAGUAGGCAAUUAGUCUUCUCAAUGUUUUUUUCUCAUAUGUUAUGGAGUUCAUUGAAAGGGGGGAUAACUCUUUAUUGAUAUUCUAAUAUGUUGUUUCACAUGAUAAAGAAAACAUAUAUAAACAAAAAUUGCAGACAGUAAUCAAUUGAGUUUCUUUUUACAUUUUUAUUCUAGAUUGAUUUAUACUUUCCCAAACUGCAUGAACUGAUUAAUUUUAUCACUGAUUAUUACUACUAUUUUAUCACUAGCAUGACUAUUUAGAUGUAAAAGUGCCUCUCACAUUUACAACAUUUAUUGGUUUAUUAGCCUUCAUAGAUGUUUCUGAAAUUAGUUGACAGUUAAAAUUGCUCAAUUUCUAAUAUAAAGUAAUGUUUUAGUAUUGUGAACGGAAGAUCAGUUCAGGCAUAGUUUAUACACAGAAGUUGUUAAAGGGAGAUAAUUGAAAGAAAUAAAAAAAACCAUUUGAGUUGCUAUGAGCUCACAUAAUUUGCAGUGGCAGUAUUUUAAUACUGCUUGAAAUGCUCAAUUUCCCAUAAAAAUUAUAACAUAUAAAUGCUUAUAAUGUCUACCUUUAUUCGUAAUACUUGAUUUACAUACAUUAUACUCUCAAUAUCUUAUUUCAAUGAGUUAUUUUAUAAAUGUGUAUACUUUUUGUAAGUACAAAUAUACGAUUUUGCUAUUUAUUUUCCUGGUGAUGAAAAAAUUAUGAAGAUCUGUGUCAUCUAUUGUCAUCUCACUUCGUUAGUUAUAUUUUUUUGCUAGUCAUAGAUUUCAUAUACAAUAACAUUGUAAUUCAUUAAAAAUAUAUUUUACAUUGCUGAAAUUGUCCAUAAUUCAGACAGUGAUCUCAUUUGAUGCUCUUCUAUUGGUGCAUUAAUCUCUUUUAAGAUUACCUAGAUAAUGAAGCAUUUAUAUUUAACACUCAUGUCUAACAUUUUCUUACCCAUUUUAACAACUACACAUAAUGACGAUUAACUGUUAUUACAUGUAUAGCAUAAAUACUUUUACAAACUUACUCUAUUUUUGCAUUUAUAAGUUUUAUUUGAUGUGAAUAUUUUUAUAGAAUACUGCAUUGUACUAAGCCAUAGACAGCCAUGACACUGGUUGAAUUGUAUUAGAGAAAUGAAUAAUUGAAUGUUAAUAUGUCAGAUUAUAUACAUUUUUAGCUUAAACAAUUCCAUCUUUUCACCAAGUUAUCUCCCCUUGUGUAAGAAUUCUUGGAUAAAAAAUGUACAGAGGAGCUUGGGGCAUUAGAUCACUUUUCAUCAUUAUAGAGUGGGGGUAGAAGGGGUCGUUAAAAACAUGAAAUCCUGAGAUAUCCUGAGGUCCCUAAAUACGAAAAAAAGAAUUCCCGGAUCCCAAAAGAGUCAAUCCCGAAAUCCUGAGCUUAAAAACGCCCGAUUCUGGAGUCCUGUCAAAGGUUCUAUUCCCCCUCACUAUACAUGUCAAUGAAUUUUUUCUGCCUAUUUUCCUUUCAUUUCAUGUUUUCCUGCUGAUUCUAACACACUCAAGACUGCAUUGAAAGUCCUUUAUAUGUUAAACAUUGGAAAUUUGUACCUGUGCAGCCCCAUUAUACUUAUUCCAAAACUAGAGGUUUUCACAUUUAAAGUUCUAGUAAGGUAUAAUGGUUGUGUUUGUAAUGAAUAAAAAAUGUUAUUUAGGCCAAGCGAAUUAAUUUAAAGUAGUAGCUAAAUUGUUUUUAAAAUAUCUGUAGCACAGAACAAGGGGAUUCAUGUCCCUAGGACAUCUUUAAUAUUUCAAUAGAGUUGUUUUAAAAGUACUUUCAAAGAAAAUAAAGUUCUGUGAUUAAAUACAUACAGUAAAAUAAAGGGCAAUACAAAAUUGAAUUUUAUGUUCCGUGGACUCAAAAGAGUUUGUGAACCUCACAAAAAAACCACUAUUACUUGCAAAGGGAAACAACUCUUGUAAUAAUAAGUGAUGAAAAGGGGAACAACUCAUGUAAUGAUAAGUGAUGAAAAGGGGAACAACUCAUGUAAUACUAAGUGAUGAAAAGGGAAACAACUCAUGUAAUACUAAGUGAUGAAAAGGGAAACAACUCAUGUAAUAAUAAGUGAUGAAAAGUGGAAAUGUUUAACUUUAGUGUAAUAAUAUUAAUGAAUCUCUUGAUUAUCUUAUGUGCCAUCUUGAUGAAACUUUUCUUUUGUGCAAUGUCAAUGGAAGUGAUCUUUGUGCAAUAUUGAUGGAACUUUUCUUUUCUGAAAUGUUGAUAAAAUUUAUUUUUUCUGCAGUGUCAAUGAAACUUAUUUUUGUGCAAUCCUAAUGAAAACGAUCCAUAAUGCAAUGUUGAUGAAUAAGAUUUUUACCAUUUCGUUCUUCUCCUUUUACUUUUGUUUGUGUUGUUAUUUAAAACAAUAAAAUUAACUUUGU